AUGGCUGUAGGAGUUAAUGGACAUUGGAAAAUGCCAAUAGGCUAUUUUCUUGUAGCAGGCCUUAAUGGAACGGAAAGAAAUAAUUUAUUAAAACAGUGUUUAAUUCUCAUGGGUGAUACAGGUGCCAAAGUCCAUUCUAUUACUUUUGAUGGAGCCUACAGUAAUGGUAAAAUGUGUUCAAAUUUUGGUGCUUCAUUUGAUAAAAAUGAUGAAUUAAGUUUUAUCUUUGAAAAUCCUUACAAUAAUGAGCCUAUAUAUAUUUUUUAUGAUGCUUGCCAUAUGAUUAAGUUGAUUAGAAACACUUUGGGAGAUAUGGGGUGCCUAUUUCAAGAAGGGGAAAAAAUUAGUUGGGACCAUAUUAAAAUGUUGUAUUUCAAAGAAAAGAACAAGGGCUUAAAAGCAGCAACAAAAUUGACAAAUAAACAUGUAUACUAUUAUAACGAGAAAAUGAAUGUUAAGUUGGCCACACAAGUGUUAAGUAAUAGUGUUGGAAAUGGUCUUAAAUUUUGCAAAUCUAUAGGAUGUGAUGAUUUUAAGGAUAUUGAUGCUACAGCAGAAUUUUGUUUCCUAAUGAAUAAUGAUUUACGGUUGCCCAAUGGUAAAAAAGUUGUAGAAUCUGGUAGAAAAACUGGUUUUGUUGGACUUAUAAAAGCACUAGAUAAUGUAUUAAAAUUGAAAAACUUUAUACCAAAUCAGUGGAGCCGUAUUUGUAGCGUGCACUUCACUGAUAAUGACUACCAAAUUCGUCCUGGUGCUAACAGACCAAUAUUAAAAGUAAAUGCCGUCCCUUCAGUUUUUCCAUCGUUUCCAGUAUAUUAUCAACAUAACCCUAAGAAACUUAGAAACCCACCUAAAAAUAGGGAUUUGCCCUCUUUUAAAGAUAAGCCUAGUACUAGUACUGAUCCAAAAAUUAGUAAUGAGAAUGCUGAUUUAGAAUUAAUUGACAAUCACAGUAUUUUACCUAAAAGUGUUGAUAGAGAAGUACAAACAUCUCAUUCUUCUUGUAAUGAACUUUUAUUGAAACAUGAAAUUAAAAUAUUACGUCAAAAGUUACGGCGAAAAGAAAAAAAAAUAACCAGUUUGGAUAAUUUACUAAAAGAAUUAAAUAAUAAAGGAUAUAUUGAUUCUGAACAACAACAUUUAAUGUUAAGCAACUUUAAUUGUUCAUUUAGAGACUUAUUUAUAAAUGAAACCAAAAACUGUGAUAAAUCUACUGGCAAGAGAUAUACCAAAGAAAUAAAACAAUUGGCUUUAACAUUGCACUUUUAUUCUCCUAAAGCGUACAAUUUUUGUCGAUCAAUAUUAAGUUUACCUCAUCCAUCAUCAUUAACUAAUUGGACAUCAUCUGUUAAUGCAGAUCCUGGAUUGUUCCGAGAAGUUUUUAUGUUUAUUAAAAAACAUAUUCCUUCUGAAGAUCUUGACUGUAAUUUGGUGUUUGAUGCGAUGGCCAUACAUAAGAAACUUAUUUAUGAUGCUAGUAAAGAUAGGUUCUUAGGUUAUUGUGAUUUUGGUAAUAUUCAAGUAGAAGCACAAUAAACGUUAGCCACUGAAGCACU